AUGCAUGGCCUUUCAUCCAGCACAUCACAGCUUCGUGGCAGGAUGGCCCACCGCGGUCGCCGUGGCAGGACACACUGGUCACCGCCCGCAGACGGUGAUACAACAUCUUCAGAAUCCGAUGCCGCAAAAGACGCAGUCGAUGGCCUCAGCAAUGGUGUCAAGCACGUGACAGUCAACACCAAAGAAGACGUCAAUGGUGCCACCUCAGACACCAGGGCUGGCGCAGACGAAGACGGAGGCCAGUACAAGCCUGGCAUGAAGAGCGGCCUCAAAGAGCUGUACUCGGGCAAAGAAGACAAGAAGGGCCGCUACCAAUGGCAAGACAAGAUCCCCGAGGACAUUGGCAAGGCAGUAGAGAACGGACGAAACCGCCAAGUGGGCUCUUCUGUCUACAAUGAUCCUCGACGCGUGCUGUCGAUACAUUCCAUUGUGGUGCAGAGCCCGCUUCUGAAGAAGCUUUUGGUCACAGUCCUCAAGAAUUACCCUGGUGUUACUGUCGGGUUGAAUCGACUCGAAUUCUCAGGAAAAUUUGAGCCGCUAAUCCACCGCUGGUCCGAGUUGCAACAGGCUAUUGCAAGUCUGGGCGACGACACAGAGGACAAGCGGACCACCAAGGAGCAUGCCGCUUUGCUUCAACAUGUGCUCAUCAAGGAGUUCAAGACCAUGAUCGACACUUCGCAAGAUAUGAAAAGCAAGCGCGUCAUGACCUAUGAGCACCUGUGGACCCUCUUCCAGCCAGGCGCUACUGUAUUCUCCCGCCAAGAUGGUCAAGAGACUGCCAUGACACUUGUCAAGACCAUGUACGGCCAAGAUGCCAAUGGCCUGCCUUGCUUCUGGCUCACAUGUAAAUACGUCGACUGGGACGGUGCCAAAUGGGGUACUCAAAAGUUGACACUCUCCAUUGGUCAGUACUCAGGUACCCGUCCCAUCAGCUCGCUACGUGUGUAUCCGAUCGAUUACCAUCAUGAGGCAGAGGCCCUCCGCGAGCGCCUCAUCGGACGCGGGGCAAAAGCUGAGGGUCUCGCCGGUCCAAAUUACCGGGCUUAUCAAGGUGUGGCCUGGCGUCGAGGUGCUUUUGGAUCCAAGGACAAGUAUAACGUCAAAGGCCGCAUCAUCAUCGACACUUAUGGCUGGAACCGCUUCGAUCCAUCUCAUUCGGUCUUUGUCACCCCUCUUAAUCAGAAGGAGACGCCGCGUUCUCCUGUACGCGACUGGGAUGACGGGGCGGAUGAGGAUGAGGAGGAUGAAGUCGAGGACGAUUACGAAGAAGACGACAGCGGGAUGCCACUUGACGGUGCAUUCACCGACGAAGAUGACGCAGCCAAGCAGAUUCCAUUGACGACCGAGCAGAAGCUCAUCUGUACGCCUUUGCUCCGCGGAUACAGCUUGAAGAACAAGCUCUGGCUUAACUUCUUCGUCAACUGUGUCAAGGACAUCGAUUGGCAGAAAGAUGCAUUCGAUCGACUGGUUCUACCCAAGAAUCAGAAGGAGCUAAUAUUAGGCUUCACCGAGUCACAGCGCAAGUAUCGUGAGUCUUUUGACGACGUUAUUGAAGGCAAAGGUCGAGGCAUGAUCAUCCUCCUUUGUGGGCCUCCUGGUGUCGGCAAGACGCUGACUGCCGAGUCUAUGGCAGAGGAAAUGAAGAUUCCACUGUACAGUGAUCUCGGCUUUGACCCGUCCAACGUCGAAACGAAACUCGAAGAUAUCCUCGAAAUGUGCAGUCGCUGGAACGCCAUUCUCUUGCUUGACGAAGCCGACGUCUUCCUCGAGCAGCGUUCCCUCCACGAACUCGAGCGCAACAAACUUGUCUCCAUCUUCCUGCGUGUCCUGGAGUACUAUGAAGGCACAAUGUUCCUCACCACGAACCGUGUGCAGACAUUCGACCCGGCGUUCCAAUCUCGCAUCCACAUCUCGCUCGAUUACCAGGAACUCAGCAUCGAGUCUCGAAAGACGGUUUGGUCCAACUUUUUGGAUAAUAGCGCGCAGGAACACACAAUUACCGCGGCGCAGCUCAAAGAGUUGGCGCGCAUGAACGUCAAUGGCCGGCAGAUCAAGAACAUUCUGAAGAUUGCCAGGCUUUUGGCCAGUCGCAAGAACGAGAGCUUGAGCUAUGAGCAUAUUGUCACGACGUUGGAUGUUACACAGCAUCUGCAUAACGAGACACAGGCUACAAAGCAUACCCAGGGCAGCCUGUAUGGCUAG